AGUUCUGACAGAGAGUGCGACAGUUAGAGAAACACCAAAGACGAUCGAACUCCACGUGAACACCAUGAAGACAGUGAUUCUGGCGUUCUGUUUGCUACUUGUUAAUGCAAUGAAUAUUAUGGCUUGGACACGUUUUGAUGCUCCAUGGUCCUUUCAAUGUGGACGCCGUGCAUCUAUUAGUCACAUCAGCAGUUUCCAUAGCAACCAUCAUGAAGAUCGGUCGUGGAUUUUUCACUGCAGACGUAACGCAAAAAUUACGAAUAGAUGCGGCUGGACUGGAUUCGUCAAUUGGUUUGAUCGCCAAAUAUUAUUCCAAUGUCCAAAUGGAGUCAUCACAGGUGUACGUUCUUACCACAGUAAUCAUCAUGAAGACAGACGAUUUAGAUUCAGAUGUUGUCGUACAAGACGACAUAAUCGUGAUUGUACCUGGACUCCCUUCCAAAAUUACUGGGAUGGUAAAAUGAAUUUUAAUGUGGCGAGAUACAAAUUUCUUGUUGGCGUACAAAGCAUUCACGACAAUAGAAGAGAGGACAGAAGAUGGAAAUUCCUCGUCUGUAGAAAAAAUUAAAUUGACUUUGCUAAUCAGUACAUUGAAUGUAAUACAUUCUUUACUGCGUUAUGUAGAACAUGUCAUUGAUAGAUGUAAUGAACUCUUGCAUGCCCUUAGUAGAGCAUAUU